AGAAGACAUAGGGGCUGGAACAAUAUUGUCACGUUAGAGUCGCACGUCUUUGUAAUGUUAUAGAUUAGACUUUUAUAUACUAGAUAAUAUCAUAGACGUUGUUACAUGAUAUAUGAUAUUUAAUUGAUAAUAUAUGAGUUGGUUUAGCGGACUAGAGCGUCCGUGUCGUGUAUGUGGGUGUGUUUUAAUCCGAGCGUCUAACCCCAGGUUUAUCUAGACUAAUCAGGACGCUAUGUGUGUCACUGUGAAAACCAGUUGGGUGUGAAUGGGAAUACUGGGAAGCGAGAUGGCACGGUGCUGGAUGAUAGUGCUGAUUGCUCUGUUCUGGGAGUUUCAGAGUGUUGUGUGCCGUGAGGUGACUCUUCCACCAGGUCCAUUGUAUCGUGUAGCUGGAUUCUCCCUGUCUCUGCCCUGUAAUGUUUCAGGGUAUCAGGGUUCACGAAUCCAAGACUUUGAGUGGUUCUUGCACCGUGAGGAUGCAGAAGGAAGACAGAUUGGGGUGGUGUCCACUAGAGAUAGAGGCUUUCCUUAUGCCCCUUUCCAGGGGCGUGUAAAUUCAGGUGAGGUUCGGGUGGAGAGGGACUCUGGUGACAAAGCCAGACUGGUGAUUCAAAGGCUUCUGCCAGAAGAUCAGGGACGUUAUGAAUGUUAUACCCCAAGCACUGAUGCGCAAUACCAAGGCAGCUACAGCGCAUCUGUGGAUGUCAAAGUGAUUACAGACACGCUGCUGAUAACCCACACUCGGAUUCUAAACGGUCAGCCUGUGAUAGAAGGGACAGAGCUUCAGCUGACAUGUGCCGCUGCUGUUCACUCAACACAGCACACACAUUUGUCUGUCACAUUCGGAAUGCGAGGCAGCACAGACUCCGGGUCUCUGGGCCACAACCUAAAGGAAAUUAUCUCUAUCGACCGUGAGUUACGUGUAACCCCUGGCCGGGGAGGCUCUUAUGAAAAGAGGUACAAGAAUGGUGAGAUUUUUAUGGAAAAGAGGAGUGGAGAUGAUGAGAAGGACCUUUACAUUAUGAAAAUAAGCGCGCUGGCAUUGGAGGAUUCCGGAUCGUAUUUCUGUGAGGCAGCACAGUGGGUCUUGGACCCAUCAGGCCAAUGGGAACGCAUCGCCCAGAGAACCAUGGAACUGGGAAACCUCUCUGUGCAACCACUUGCGGACAGUCUGUCUGUGAGCACCAUCCCAGCGGGUGAGGUGACACUUCAACCUGGGUCUCCUCUCAGCCUGACGUGUCAGGUGUCAGGUGUGGGUUCAUGGAAUCGCUCAGCUCUGCUGGUGCAGUGGUUGCGGCGUGGGCCAGCAGGAGGAGUGGAUGUAGAGGUGGCCCGCAUGAGCCCCAACGGAAUCGUGAGCUGGGGGGAUGACAUCAGUAGUGGAGGAGGGGGCAGCAUGGAGAAAGGUGCAGAAGGGAGAUUUUCUCUGCGACGCUUCUCCACCCACCCGGUUGAUGCUGGACAAUAUCGCUGCGCUGUGAGUGUGUACGCUGGCAAGCUGAGUCCGGCACCGUCCAGCCCUGCUACACUUACUCAGAGGUCAGAGGGUGUAAUGGUCAGCCUUAAGACGAAAGAGGUGAGUGUCCUAGCAGUCAUCGAGCUACCACAUCGGCCACUCCUGAAACGUGGAAGCACCGUCACUUUGCUCUGUAAUGUCUCCGUGGUGACCACAGGCCCCGUGCAGGUGGAAGUGCAGUGGUGGCAGAAGAAGCGGGUGGUAGAUGGGCAAGUAAAUUUGGCCCCGGGAGCUGACAAAGGCAGUAUACUCGCAACACUGACCUACGAUGGAAUGUCUAGUAUAUAUAGCAAUGGAAGUGAAAUAAGCGUUGACCGUAUUUCUACUGGAAGCUACAGACUCCGCAUCUUUUCAGCACACGAGGAUGAUCAAGGGGAUUACCACUGCAAGGCAGAAGUAUGGACCCAGGACCCUCAUGGAGGCUGGUACAAUACAGGUGCCAGGGCAGAGUCAACAAUGGUGCAUGUAUAUUUAUAUGCAAGAGUUGCUGACCUUCUCCUUAUACCACUGGUGGUUGGUGUCUCCUCUGCCCUGUUUGUGGGAGUGGUCAUCAUUGCCAUGGUAACAUGCUGCUUCAUGAAGAGACUUGCCAGUCAGCGCUCCAAGAGCAGGAAGUAGGAUACUGACUGCUUCCCCUGCAGCGAUUACUGCCAGAUCAUUAAAACAAAUUGUACAGGAAUAUACAUAUAUCUAAGAGUAUACUUAAUGGAGGAAUGAAGUAUACCAGCGUCUGUUGCCAUGUUUAUAAGAGACUGAUUGUUGGGUUGAAUUAUAAACUCACACAUUCAAAGUGUGCCAACAAGUUCAUUCUUUUUUUCUAAGCCACAAUUAGCCUGAUACUGUUGGGUAUAAACCUGAAGUUGUCAAAUUAGCAUCAAUCCACAUCUAAAACUUUUUUUUAUAUAUAUAAAUGUUGUGAUAUUUUUAACAAAACCUGUUUUUGGUACAAGAAACUAUAUAGAAUGUUCCUAUAUAGCAUGCCAUAAAAGUUUCACCAUUGAUUUUAUGGUAUUAAUGAAACAGUAGAAUGAAGCAGAAUGUUGCACUGAUCUCUGUAGAGUUAACGACAGGCCAUUCCACUUAUACACGCAGAGCCCACACACACACACACAAUUUGUGCAUUCUGUACUGUAAUUAAGCAAAGGCUUGGUGAGAGGAUUAGGUUUCACUGUAUUGAAUAAGCUAAACACUGUGUGUAGCAUCCCAGUAAUUUAGAAAUCAACAUGGAGCCACUGAAUGAAUAGAGCCAUGCCACUAUAGUAGUAAUAGUUUGUCAGAUACUGCAUUAAAUGAACAGGGAUUCUAUACACUGUAAAAUAAAUUCAACUUCUAGAAAGAUUCGUGACCAAUUUGUAAAAAAAAAAAAAAAAAAGAAAGAAAAAAAAGGGAAAAUGCUGAUGAAUAUGAUCUGUAUAUUCUGCUGCUGAAAGGCUAAUUGGUGCUUUAUGUAUACUGUAAUAAAGCAGUACUUAUGAGAGCACUUAAGCUGCCAGUAGACACAUUUUAAAAUAGACAUACUCGGAAAUGCUGUCAAAAACUGAACAUCCAGGUCAAAUAAAAAUAAAAACUUGUAAAUGCCAACUUCCCAGCCAAAUUGGCAGGACCAAUGAGGGUCAAGAACCAAACCGAUCCUUAAUUUAAAUGUUGUUAUUGUUUUUAAAAGCUUUAUUUUUUAUUUGACUUUUUUUCUGUUUUAUUGAGUUUUUUGUGUCUUGCAUUGCACUGCAGGUGCUAUUGGUACUGUGAAAUGGAUUUAUUUUGUAUUUUUUCAAUACAUGUAUUUUUUCUUUUGUACAUUUGUGUGAAUACUUUCAUUUCGGUUUACUGUAGCCAACUGUGUAAUUGUUUGUGCAAUUUUGAACUCAUUUAGCUAUAGUAUAUUAAAUGAAAUAGUAAGAAUAAGAAAAGAGGAUAAUGGUCUUGAGUAUGGUGGAAAAAAUAAGAGAAAGUACAUUUAUCUGCAGCAGUUUGGCCCUUUUUAGGAUAAUCGAAGUGCUUUGCAAUGUUCAGCUCCGAAAGCAAAUUUAUCCUUGUGACCAUUUCAGCAAGAAUAUCUCAACACAUGCCUUUUAAUAUGCAUGUUUACAAUUGCAGAGACACUCUUAUCUCCUUAUUAACAUUGUCAUGCACGUUCUGGAUUAAUAAAGCUUACAGCCUAAUGGCAAUUUUUUCUUAAUUCUUAUUCUUUCCCGUUGCUGGAUGGUUCUGCAUAGUUUUGCAUGGACAGGCUUGCAAAUGCAAUCUAAUGCAAAUAUCAGGCCUCAGAAUUAAUGUACCCAAAAUAAAACAGGCACAAGUGAAUUUUCUGUUUACCGUCUUCUUUUGUGUAUGUUUUAUGUGAACUAGAAUGAUGAAUAGAUUGCCUAUUUUGGUUUUAUAAAGCUAAUUUUUGUGAUUUUGUAAUUGUAAUAAUUAGAUGUCCAUAAAACACUUUCAUUCGGCAAGAGUUGACAGUGAACAGUGAUUAUUUUCAUUGUCAGUGUCUGCUUGUACUGUGUAAUUGUGAUUCAGGGACAUGAAUAAUUAAUAAAAUUGAGAUGGUGAAAGA